CACGCUCUCCACGACGCUGGGGUCCGGCGCCGACGAGGACGAGAUCGAGCGCAUCCGCCGCGAGUUCGAGGACGCCAAGCGCAACUACCUCAGCAUCCCCGCCGCCAUGAAGGACAUGCCCAAGAUGAACCCGCAAGGGAUUUACGUCAACAAGAACGUCAAACUGGACGACCUGCAAGUCUACGGCUUCGACUACGACUACACGCUCUCGCACUACUCCGACCACCUGCAGUGCCUGAUCUACGACCUCGCCAAGAAGCACUUGGUCGACGAGUUCAAGUAUCCGGAGAGCUGCUUGCAGUACGAGUAUGAUCGCAGCUUUCCCGUCAGGGGCCUUUACUAUGACAAACUAAAAGGGUGCCUUGUGAAGCUUGACUUCUUUGGUUCUAUCGAACCUGACGGUUGCUUCUUUGGGCGGCGAAAGCUAAGUCCGACUGAGAUAAAAGAACUAUACGGCACAAGACAUAUCGGAAGAGAUCAAGUUCGUCAGCUUGUUGGGCUCAUGGAUGUCUUCUGUUUUAGUGAGGCAUGCCUCAUUGCAGAUAUUGUUCAGCACUUUGUAGAUGCCAAGCUAGAGUUUGAUGCCCCUUACAUAUACGAGGAUGUGAACAAAGCGAUUCAGCAUGUCCACAGAAGUGGUUUAGUUCACAGGAAAGUUCUUGCCGAGCCACAGAAAUUUCUGAUAAAAAAUAGUCAGGUGUUCCGUUUCUUAAAGACGCUACGUGAGAAGGGAAAAAAACUGUUUCUUCUAACCAACUCACCUUUCUACUUUGUAGAUGGAGGGAUGAGUUAUUUGCUAGAGGACCAGCAUUUUGAUGGCAAUUCCUGGAGGGAGCUUUUUGAUGUUGUGAUUGCUCAGGCAAAUAAACCAACUUUCUACAAUUCCGACCACCCAUUCAGGGUAUAUGACACUGAAAAGGACACCUUAGCUUUUACUGCAGUUGACAAGUUUUUGCCAAGUGAAGUCUAUUACCAUGGCUGCUUAAAGUCAUUUCUGCAGAUAACAAAGUGGAGAGGUCCAGAGGUGAUAUACUUUGGUGAUCAUCUUUUAAGCGACUUGAGAGGGCCUUCUAAAGCUGGCUGGCGCACAGCUGCUGUAAUUCGCGAACUGGAGGAUGAAAUAGGAAUCCAGAACAGCGACAGCUACCGGUUCCAGCAGGCAAAAUUAAGUAUAAUACAUGAUCUACUUGGGAAAGUUCAUGCAACUGUUGUUAGCACUGAGAAAGGCCAGGUUUACAGAGCAUUGCUUGAUGAGUUGAAUGCAGAAAGGCAUCAAUGUCGAUCUGGGAUGCGAAGUCUGUUUAAUAGCUCCUUUGGUGCAACAUUCCUUACAGACACAGGAAAGGAAUCAUCAUUUGCCUAUCACAUUCAUCAAUAUGCAGAUAUCUACACCAGCAAGCUCGAGAACUUCUUGUCACAUGCCCCUGAAUCAUGGCUUCAUCCACCUCAUGACAUAAAGAUCAUGCCACAUAAUGCGAAGGUCCCGGCGAGUUUGUUCAAUGGUUCGUAGUUCAUUCUAUCCAAUCUUACGGAGAACCAUGCGGUAUGGUGUAAUACCCAUCAUAGUUCCUCUGACUACGGGAUUCCGUGCUGGUUCGGUGCUGCCACUGCAACUUGGUUAGGCUUUGGAGAAACCAGCACAUGAUGUACCCAGCCAAAUAGGCGAGGUAGCAAAGUCAUUAAGAUGUUCCUAUCGUGACUUAUGGGAGAAUCACUGUCCACAUGAGUAUGCCAUUCUUCUGUAUAUCCCUGUUGUUGUUUCUCAAGACAUCCAGAAAACUCACAGCUAUCUGUAAUAGUUGUCAAUAAUGAUCACAGGAAGUGAUCUUUGCCAACAGCAAGUGAAGGAAAUCUUCCAGUGUUAA